AAUCGCCAAAAUACUAAAACCAACUGCAGAGCAAAGAAGAGCAGAGAGAGAGAGAGAUGGGGAGGAAGAAGCGAGUGCCAGAGUUCGAAGAAACGGCGCCGGAUGACUUCGACCCUGCCAAUCCCUACAAGGACCCGGUGGCGAUGCUGGAAAUGAGGGAGCAUAUAGUUCGAGAGAAAUGGAUCGACAUAGAGAAGGCGAAGAUCCUCCGAGACAAGGUCAAGUGGUGUUACCGUAUCGAAGGAGUCAACCAUCUCCAGAAGUGCCGCCACCUCGUUCGUCAGUACCUCGAUGCCACCCGCGGCAUCGGUUGGGGCAAGGAUGGCCGCCACCCCUCCCUUCACGGUCCGAAGGUUGAGGAGGUUGAGUCAGAAUGAGUGGCUGCAAACGGUUACGAAAGGUGACUAAAUAUGGCCAGCAAAGUAAGACAUCAAGUGAGGGAUUUGAAUAAUUGUUUGCUUUGUUGUUAAUGUUGUCUGUGUUGUAAGACUCUUGUAACAAACCAGAUAUGAUCUCUUUUUAAUUUUCUUUUCUCCAUUAUGUUAAGUCUUUUUUUUUUCCUUUGUCCUUUCUUGUUAGCAUCCUAAAAUAUUUCUAUUAUUUGGGUUAGUCUAUCUGUAACAGUACAUCAGAUAUAAAUAAGUUUAUUGUGAUUUCCUGCUUGAUAUA